GCAUUGAUUUGUAUCGAUGAUCCUCGGGCGCGCGUGGGAAAAUCGGACUUUUGGACCCAUUUUGGACCCCAUGUCGCUCUUUUCUUUUGUUCUAACUUCGAGCCAUAUAAGCACAGCAGCCAUGAGUAGGAAGGAGUUUCUGCUGGUAUUGGACGUCAACGGAACGCUACUCGAGCGGAUCACAAAGACCGAAAAGAAGAUGGCAAGAGAGAAUCCGUUCUGUCCGCCACAACCAUGUUUUCACUUCCUAAGACAGAAAUGCUACCUACGACCGUACUUGGACACUUUUCUGAAUAGAAUAUUCCAAGACUAUGCGAUCGCAUCAUGGACGUCAGCAUGUCCCCGGAACGCGAUGCUCAUGUUUACGGAAGUCUUCCGCCACCAUCAAGAAGCAUUGGUGUUUGGCUGGGAUCGACUAAAAUGCCAGGUCGCCAGCAAGUCUCACGUGGGAAAGAAGGAUUUGGAAAGGUUUUGGAAUGACCCGGAGGCGAAUCCUGGAGGACGAUGGAAUGAGCGCAAUACGAUCUUGAUCGAUGACACAGCUGGGAAAGCCAGUUUCACCCCUCGGAACGGCCUUCAUCUCCCCACCUUUACAGUAACGAAUCGAAACGUCGACCCGGCUGCAGAUACAGUUCUCCUAUCGCUCUUAAAGUACUUAGAGGAUCUGCACCGAGCAUCGCCGUCAGACGUAAGAGCCUACAUGGAAGCCCACCCAGCCUUCGAUAUGGAUGUCCAUGGAACAGCGACUGCCGUGAAACCCGCAUAUGUCGUUUCACCGGAGCUGGACGAAGAUCUAUUUUCUCAAUAUCCGAAAAUGCGCGAACCUAAAUUGUCAGAGCAUGACCAAGCGCUCUGUGAAGCAGUCGCCGGAAGGGCGCCCGGAGAACUAUCCAAAAAUGCGAUGAAGAAGAAGAUGAAGAAGCAGUUGAAGAAGGAACUCUGCAAGAAGGAAAAGCAAUUAGGUCAACGGCCGUACUCCACACAGGCUGGUCCCUCUGAACCAGUAGAGAAGAAGGCUAAAAAGGUCAAACGAGCGCUAGAACAGCCUCAAGAUGAGAGUGGAAGGCCGCCGACGGAGGGCCCUGGUCACAAAAACAGGAAUCGGCGAAAGCGUCAGAAAAAAGGCGUAACAACCGAGUACAUAGUAACUUGCGAAGCUGUAUCGCCAAAACCAACAGCGGACUAAAACGGGCA